AUGGUUCGCCGCGGCAAGAUAUCGAGAGCCGCCGGCUCAUCACUCGACCCGACACCGAUUGCAUCUACUCUUACCACACCACUAAGCUCCGCCUACCCGUCGACGUAUGCCUCCGAAGUUGAAAUAGAUGCACUCGGAGACAGCAUCGGCUCUCUCACUCUGAGCGAGAGAAGAGCAGCCAGGAGGAAGGCUAAGCCUUUUGCGUUCAUGGCUUUGCCAUCAGAACUUCGCCUCAAGAUUUACGACUAUUAUUUUGAAGGAAGUGGUGGCGUCGUGGACCUCGACCCAGACAACUACAAGACCUACCACAAAAAGCUCGGAAUCCAAAGAACUUGCCGCACUGUCUAUCAGGAAGUCUCUCACUACUUCUACAGCAGCCGCCCGUUCCGCAUUUUCCCAACACACCCGGGCAAGUACUUCAAAAGUAAGAAGCCGCUCUUGGCUCGUAUGAAGCCAAGCUCAAGAUCGUACAUUACAUCCUUGGAGCUUCGCCUUGGUCCCGGAUGGAGUAAACCGCCGCGAGGAUGGGUGGUGACGCCAGCUCUGGGCCUCCACGAGUGCGUCAACGUCCGUCGCUUGACGGUGCUGGUCGAAUGCGAUCCCAGCGACGGCAUCUUUAACGGCUUUCGCCGGUCGGAUGGCUUUUAUGAAGGUUUCAGCCAGUCUCUCCUGACGGAAAUAUUCAACCAGAUGCCCUGGAUCGACACCGUCUAUUUCGACGCCUGGCCUGGUGUGAAGAAGUCGGGGGGAAUGAUGCGGGCCCUUCUGGAGGUGACAUCGGCGAACAACCGGAAGAUCAGAUGGGGCCCUGAGAGAGGAUGGACUGAUGGACCCGAAGACGACGAGGUUAAGCCGACCAAUUCCUUGGUUUUGGUACCUCCGGCGUCCGAGUUCAGCACGUCUAAUAUGGGCGUCCUGGUCAUGGCUUGA